AUGCUGCGCCAGUUGGUGCUCGGCGGUCUGCUCCUGCUCCUCGCCAUGCAUCUUCCCGGCGCUCAUGCUCAAGAGGGCUGCCCGGAAGGCUACGGUCGACCCCUCGCCUGCUUCGUCGUCAGGGAUUCGGAGCAGCGGUCGAUCGCGGAUAAUGCCCUCUGCCACUGUCCUGUGGCCCCCGAUGCAGUCUGCGACAACCAUUCGCACAUCAAGGUGUUCAACAAGACGAUGUGGCUGAACUGCAACUUCGACCUGUUCAUCGAGAAAGAAGGGGGAUGCUCGACGAAGGAUCAGCCGAAGGAUGGGCCGAAGGGGAUCUACGACAACCACCACCACCACGACGACUACGACAACUACCACCACAACGACGACCACCACAACGACGACCACUACAACAACAACGACGACCACCACAACGACCACCACAACGACCACAACCACUACAACGACCACCACCACAACGACAACCACUACAACGACCACAACCACUACAACGACCACCACGACGACUACUACCCCUACGACUACAACGUCUACAUGGGCUCCAUUUGGCGUUUUCGCGCCCAACCCGAAUGCCCGAAAGUGCAACCCCUCGAAAGAACCCUUCGAAAAGUGCAUCAACUGCAACCGGGUCGCUGCCCAAAAUGCGAAGGGAUUGCCGUCGAGGAUUGUCCGUGUGACGACGCGGAUCCGUAUUGCAUGAACUGUGCUCGUCCCGAAUGGCAAGAUCAUCAAGACUGCCAUGGGUGCCUCGUCCCGGGCGAAGGGCCCGAGCAUUUCUACAUGUCGAAGCAUCCCAACUGUCGAUACCAUCAUCUCUGGCCCGUCUAUCUGCACCAAUCCCCUUUGGACGACCGAUGGUGGUACUCACCCUUCCGAGGCCCUGACUAUAAGCCAGAGAAGCGCGUCCAUCGUGACGUUGCGCACCAAGCGGAUGAGGAUGCGAACGUGUUCAUCUACUACCCGAUCAACCCCACUUACAACCCCAAGUGCCGCCGGGAAGAUUUUGACAAACUGACUGCGAAUGAACUGGCGAUGGCGUCGAUGAAGCUGCAUUUUGGAUGUUACGAAGGGACAUGGUGCGAGGAGCAGAAUGCCUUUCCGAGUGAAAUCUUGGCCAAUGACUCGCUGGCCCGCAUCUGCUACCCGCGUCCGUUGAAGACCUACAUACUCGGCAAGGGCAGAUACAAGCCGUGGUGCACCGAUCCUCACGGCAAUCAGUUCGAGCCGAAGAAUGUGGCGAGUUGGGGAUGUAUGGUACUGCCGUUCUGCAAACUGGACCAACCGGGAGAAUUCGAUGAACAAAAAUACCUGAGGCCUGUCGCUGAAAACGGAGAUCUGCUGAACUGCAUGGAUAUUUGCCCAAGAAACGAGAAUGGCCGUGGAUUGACGGACAAACCGGAUUGUCGACCCAUCCCUAGCAAUCCGGAAAACGACUAUUUCGGUGUCCUCAGUAUUACGGAAAAGAUGGAUUGGUGUGACGCGGAGAAGUCGACUCACAAAGACCCGUGGUCACUCAACCCACCGUGCAAUCCGAUUCCGCAGUGUCGAGGGGAAAUGUCGAAGGACGCUCCGGAUGCGAGGGAUUGGCGCAAGAAUCUGCUCUACUACCAGAAAAAUGUCGCCGGUGUCCCAUGCGUCGUCUACAAGCAGUGCAGUGCUUUGACGGAAGAGGAGAGGCUGAAAUACCAUUGCGUCGGCUCGGCCAUGACAACAAGUACGACAAAAGCCUCGACGACGACAACGGCAAAGACAACUGCAAAGACAACGACCGAGAAACCGAAUGACGGGCUGGGGGAUGAGGUCAUCUUGAUUGCAGCCUUGGGUGGCGGCCUCUGCGUGUUCAUCAUCGUGAUCAUCAUCGUGUUGUGCUGCUGUCUGAAGAAGAAGGACAAGGGCCCGAAGGGAAAGAAGCCGAUCGUCGAUGACAUGAUGAACGUGGGCGCUGGCUCGGCGGUCGUCGACCUCGACCGAAAGCACUGGGGCAAAGUAACCAUCCGACUACACGUCUCCACCUACUCGACACAACGAUGGGCAUCGCCAUCACUCGACUACCACCCAAAUAUACUCGAUGCAAGACCAAAAAAGCCCCUC